GUUGUCUGUAGAGUGGACCCUGAAGCUGGCCGCUGUAUGUCUCGGACCGUAGACCCACUCGGGGCAAACUCCGUAAUUCCCAUCUACCGCCUGGGUCAUCGCGACCCCAAACCAUCACUCGGAACCCAAGGAGGGCCCCCCGGUUGAUUGGGCGGAGAAGAAUGAGUGUCGGACUGGCUGCGGAGGCCUCUUCCACUUCCGGCGUCUGAUGGGGCGGAUACCUAGGCUUUUGCUAUUGCGGCGGCGGCGGCUGCUGCUGCUAGUGUAGGCUCGGAGCGGACAGAGCACAGCUCAGGCCGGGGGUGCAGAGGGGAAGGCAACGGCUUCCAGCUACCAGCCCGGAGCCUUGGGAAGUACGACCUUGAACUGCGUGUCUCUCAAUCAUGGAUCAAGACGACCCAGCCGAAGCGUUGACUGAGCUGCGGGAGAAGCGGCUGGGCUUGCUAGAUUUAUUGCAAGCGGCAGCAGGCUCGGGAUUGGCCGUCUAUACUGUGUGGGCGCUGCUGCUGCAGCCGGGCUUCCGUCGGGUGCCUCUUAGACUGCAGGUGCCGUACAUUGGCGCGAGUGCCCGGCAGGUUGAGAACGUGCUGUCACUGUUGCGAGGUCGCCCUGGAAAAAUGGUGGAUCUAGGCUCUGGUGAUGGCAGGAUCGUGCUGGCGGCCCACCAAUGUGGUCUCUGUCCAGCUGUGGGGUAUGAGCUGAACCCGUGGCUUGUGGGACUUGCACGGCUGCAUGCUUGGAGGGCCGGUUGUUCCGGGAGUGUCUGCUACCAUCGAAAAGAUCUCUGGAAGGUGAGCCUCAGGGACUGUCACAACGUGUCUGUGUUCCUGGCUCCCAGUGUGCUCCCUCUGCUGGAGGACAAGCUGCAAGUGGAGCUUCCUGCAGGGGCCCGUGUAGUGUCUGGACGGUUCCCCCUUCCCACAUGGAAGCCUGUAGCCGUGGUGGGCGAGGGCACCGACAGAGUUUGGGCCUAUGAUGUCCACGGUGCUGGGCCAGCUGUGUCUUCCAGUGGGGUGCCCAUCAAGGCAAUCCCAGAGUCCAGUUCUACCUAGAUCCCUAGGGCCCCUGCUUGACAAGCUGGCUGAUUGGAUAAAAUAAAGACUCUGUGGGUUCAAUUCUG